AUGGAUUUCAGGGUUCUUGCAGACAGCAAACGUUGUUUGACCAAUUUUUACAAAGACGGUGACGAAUGCAAAGAGUGUCCAGCUGGUUAUUACGGUGACAACUGCUCGAAUGUUUGUCCUUCUGCACACUAUGGCCAUAAGUGUGGCAACAAAUGCGAAUGCUUACCCUGCCAUUAUAUCUACGGUUGUGUUUCAACUACCCUUAUACAUGUGGCAGUCACAUCAACCUUUUCUAAUGAAAGCAAGGAUGAAACAAAAGACACAAAUAAAAUAACAGAAACUGCCACCUAUGAACAUGAAAACGAAGAUAAAGCGAAAAGCUCAAAGCAAACACCAAAAAAUGUGAAAAUAUCUUAUACGAUCUCAGUUAUUUCCGUUGGAUCUUUUUUAUGUGUCAUGUUGAUAUUAGUAAUUAUUCGAGAAAUGUAUCUUUGCUGCCCUCAACCUGUUGGAAGACGGACAAUUCGUGAUGACGUUUAUGCAGAUAUUGCUUAAAUGCAAAAUGAAAGAACAUUAACAGAAUGAAAUAAUCUGUCAUAAACUUUCAGAUAUAAUUAUAUGCCAAUAAUUUGUUAAACACGUUAUUUCUUGUUUUAUAUUAUUUCAAAAACCAUAAUUAGUAUAAGUGUAUUCAUUUAUAUAUGAAUAAAUAAUUUUGUAUCUAUUUCUCUAUAGAGUUUUUGAAAAUGAAUUAUUCGCUGUAUCGUCAUAAUGAUCUACCUAUAUUAAAACCAAAGAGUGUCAAAUGAAAUCAUGAGCAGUCGAAAAACUGCAACUAUAUCAAGGGGGAAAACCCCGAAUUAUUUAUGUUAUGGUUUAUACAUGGCGGGUAAAAGGAUAUGCUGGCUGAUAAGUCUUUUUAAAUCUUUGCAGGGGGGUGGGAGUAAGUUCUUAAUAAUUUUGUAUGUAAAUUUAAGAAAUAUCUUUGUUGGGUGAAAGAGAAGGAGGAAGAAGGCAAUUCAUCCAUGUCUACCCAUCCCCUCCCAAUGAUGUUGCGUGCCUGUACAUCAUUUAAUGUGCUUUUAAUAUUAAAGGGGAUGUAUUUUUACAAUUUACACAAUUUUGCGUGAAUAAUGAGCAUUGAUACUCCUGUUAGGUCCAUGUUUUGUCUCUUUUUUUUUGUCAUAAACUUAUGUCUUAAAAUCUAUAAGUUGACUUUAGCUAGAUUUCCUGUAGUACUGUUAUAUUGAUUAUACUGUGUGAUUUAGAAACAAUUUUUUAAUUGUUGAAAUGUUGACUAUAAUGUUUUGAUGAAAUUGAAAACAGUGAUGUCGUAUAAGCUUCAUUGAUGAUACAUGUAAAACCUUACUAUAAAUAUUAUGUUUUAUUCACUUAGUGCAUAUAGUCUACCAUUGUGUCACAUCAAGUAGUUCACUUGGCGCAAUAAUUUGAAUUUGCAUUAAUAAAUAGCCAACAGAUUAGAGAAAAGUUUAGUUAUUUACUUAUUAUACAAAGCCUGUAGAUGUUUCCUCUUUUAAAUUGGUACCAGUUGCUUUGUUUAAGUAUUACAGUUAAUAAUUUUAAUUUUAUGUAGUUCCACCUAAAAAAAGAAGGUACUAUUUCAUGACGUAUUAAGUAGAUAACUCAUCAAUUUAAGAUAGAAGUUAAAAAGUUUAACAUACUUUUAUAAUUGAUGAAAUUGUAAAAUUAUAUUUUUUAAUCUUUAAUAAUUAUUCCUCCCAAGAAUCGUCAGGAGAAAAGGGCAUUUUGAGUUGUCAUUGAUAAUCUUCUAAAGCUUUAUAAGAAAUUACUUUGGUUUGUUAGAUAGCGUUAUUUAAUUUGUAGCAUUGCCAGUUAUCUCAGAUCUUAUAGAUAUGUUUGAUGCUACACACCAAGUUGAUAAAUGUUAUGAAGAGUUUAAUCAUUGCAAGUGAAGUGAAUUGCCUUAAGAAUCAAAACUAGUAUUCCCCAACCUACUAAAAAAAUUCAGAUAGAUUUCCUGACAACUUAAAUUACUAACAACUGAACUUAUAACCAUUUAAAUUACUGAUAAUAAAAUUCCUGACAAAGUAAUUUUUGACAACCUUUAAUCAGCAUUAUGUUUAAGUUUAUUUACAAAUGUAUUCAUAAAUUUCUUCAAAACCUAUAGUACAGUAGCUCUUCAUGUUAGAAGAAUUAUUUCCCUUUAUUUACCCCUUAUUUUUGCUAUUGUGAUAUAAAGCUUUACAGUAAGCUAUCUCUGAACACUUACGAUAGGUCUA